AGUGCGCCGCCGCGCAUCUGACAUACGUUUCUUUUUUCCCGCGCAGAGGUUAAAGUUUGUGUUUCCAUCUGUGCACUUACGGGAUCCGUUUGAUUUUUUGAUCUAAGCUGCAGAAACCUUAAAAAAUGGCUUUCAUAAAAUCAAUGUUAAUAGCCGGUCUACUGGUGGCCGCAGUAGCUGCCAGCCCACCAUGGAAGCACUACAAGCGUGAAGCACCCCUGAGUUCCUCCUAUUUACCACCUUCGAGCGGCGGUGGCAGGCCUUCGUCAUCCUACGGAGCCCCUAGACCCUCAAGCAGCUAUGGCGCACCAUCCACCUCAUAUGGUGCUCCCUCUUCAAGCUACGGGGCUCCAUCUUCAAGCUACGGGGCUCCAUCUUCAAGCUACGGUGCCCCUUCGAAGCCUCCAGCGACCAGUUACGGUGUACCAACUGGGCCUUCAAAAUCUUAUGGAGCGCCUAAACCUUCAAGCUCAUACGGUGCCCCAUCUUCAAGUUAUGGUGCCCCAUCGUCGAGUUAUGGAACUCCAUCUUCAAGUCAUGGAGCCCCAUCUUCAAGUUAUGGUGCCCCAUCUUCGAGUUAUGGAACUCCAUCUUCAAGUUAUGGUGCCCCGUCUUCAAGUUAUGGUGCCCCAUCAUCAAGCUAUGGUGCCCCAUCCUCAUCUUAUGGCGCUCCUUCAUCUGGUGGUUUUAGCAGCGGUGGUAGCGGUUUUGGAAGCAGUGGCUUCGGCGGUAGCAGCUUCGGAAGCAGUGGACCAUCUUCCAGCUACGGUGCUCCUUCGUCCAGUUACGGCGCACCAUCCACAUCCUAUGGAACCCCAUCUAGCAGUUACGGUGCACCUAGCUCUAGUCAUGGUAGUUCUGGUUACUCUUCUGGUGGAUCCGGAGGAUACUCUUCUGGCGGAUCCGGAGGAUACUCUUCUGGCGGAUCAGGAGGGUACUCUUCUGGCGGCCAUGGUUCUGGUGGCUUCUCUUCUGGUGGUCACGGAUCAGGUGGUUACUCUUCUGGCGGUCAUGGAUCUGGUGGUUAUUCUUCCGGUGGUCACGGUUCCGGUGGUUUCUCUUCCGGUGGCCAUGGAUCAAGUGGCCACGGAUCAGGUGGUUACUCUUCCGGUGGCCAUGGGUCAGGUGGUUACUCUUCCAGUGGCCAUGGGUCAGGUGGUUACUCUUCCGGUGGCCAUGGAUCAGGUGGUUACUCUUCUGGCGGUCAUGGUUCAGGUGGUUACUCUUCCGGAGGUCACGGUUCAGGUGGUUACUCUUCCGGUGGCCAUGGAUCAGGUGGUUACUCUUCUGGCGGUCAUAGUUCAGGUGGUUACUCUUCCGGAGGUCACGGUUCAGGUGGUUACUCUUCCGGUGGUCACGGUUCCGGUGGUUUCUCUUCCGGUGGCCAUGGGUCAGGUGGUUUCUCUUCUGGUGGCCAUGGUUCUGGAGGGUAUUCUUCCAGUGGGCAAGGCUCUGGUGGAUACUCGUCUGGAGGUUCUGGAGGCUACUCAUCGGGCGGGCACGGCUCAGGCGGUGGCUACUCCAGCGGGAUUCCGGCCACCAUCAGCCAAAGUUAUGACUCCAACGGUGGCUACGUAUAUUAAGUACAGUUUGUUUUAGUAUAGUCGUUUUUUACGAUAGUCACAACACAUUAUGAUUUUUUUAUCACAAGAUCCGCCACAUUUUUUAUAUAGAGACAAAUAUAAGAAAUAAAGAAAGAAGGAACACGUCUAUACCAGUUAAAGCGUACAGCACAAAUAAUAAAAAGUAAUAACAGUGAAAAGACAAAUAAACACUAAAUGGAUUUCACUUGGUAAGACACUUGCAGGAAGUUGGAUGCAGGUGGCUCAGGACUGUGCCUUGUAUUUCCUUGGGGGAGGCCUCCGUACAGCAGGGGACUUGUGAAGAGCUGUAAUGAUGAUGAUGAGAUUAACCACAUGAUAAAUAUAAGGAAAUACACUUAAAAUGAACUUGUGAUGCAGCAUAUAACUGCGUAAUGGACCAGUUUGUGAUAGCACUGGUUUUCAGUCCUGCUUAUAUUCCGGGGUAGUCACGUUAUAAGUAAAAUUUGUGAAAAAUCGACGUCAAUCAAUCUUUUUAAAAAUUUUAAAUACAAGACUCUCGCUUUGCGUUGAGUUGUUGUACCAACUUUAAGAAACGUAUAACAAAUUACAAUCUACAAAAAUGUACGAUCAUUUUGUGUAUCAUAAUGGUAUUUCUAUAGUUCAAUUUUUUAUACAAAACUAUUCACAAUAAAUUAUUAGUUACAGAGUGAGUGAGGACGACCUAUAGAUGUAUGUUCAUGACAUAUGUAAAGUUACCAUCCACUUUUUCUUAUUAUAUUAGAUUAAUAAAAUCAGAACCUUAAUUUUCAAGUGCCAAUAAUAAUGUUUUAUAAAGUUGUUACAUAGUCUCUCUAAAUAAAGCCACGAAGUGUAACUCCGCCAGUUAUGAACUUAACAUUGUAGUUAAAUGGAAGAUAAUAUUAAUAAUAAUUUAAUUUUAACGAAAAAUGUACAAAAUCUAGUUUAAGUGCGAACGAACAUUCUUAUUAAAUAAAAAUUUGU